UUGCUGCUUGUUGCACUAUAAAUAGUAGUACAAGUCACACCACCAAAGCAGUUAGUUAUUAACAAGAGAAAGGAGAAGAAGAUCACAAGAAUAUACACAUACACACACUUAUAUAUAUAAGGGCGGCCUAGAGAUAUAUAAUAGAAUUCGAAGCCAUGAUGAUGGAUGGGUUUUACCACAAGAGCUGGUGCUGGUUUGUUAUGUGUAUUAUGGUGAUAUAUUUUGUGGUAAAGAUUAUGGUUAUAAGGCUAUGGUGGAGACCGAGAAAGAUAGAACAACAUUUCAGUAACCAAGGAAUCAAAGGCCCCUCGUAUCAUUUCUUCAUUGGCAAUGCUAAAGAAAUUGGUAGCCUUAUGUUCAAGGCCUCUUCCAUGUCUUUUCCUCCUUUCUCCCACAAUAUACUCCCCAGAGUUCUCUCUUUCUACCACCAUUGGAAGAAAAUCUAUGGACCAACAUUUCUGGUGUGGUUCGGUUCGACAGUUCGGCUGACAGUAGCUGAUCCAGAUCUUAUUAGGGAAAUUUUCUGCUCAAAGGCUGAACUCUACGAAAAAAUAGAGGCGCACCCACUUAUGAAACAGGUUGAAGGUGAAGGCCUGCUGAGCCUUAAUGGCCAUAAAUGGGCUCACCACCGGAAAAUCAUUGCCCCCACCUUCCAUAUGGAAAAUCUCAAGUUAUUGAUACCGGCAGCAUUAAGCAGUGUGACGGAAAUGUUGGAGAACUGGUUACCAGAAUUGUCUAAGUCUGGAGAGGACGAAGUGGAAAUAGAAGUAUCAAAGUGGUACCAAACCUUAACAGAAAAGAUAGUCACCAGAACUGCCUUUGGCCCGAGUUAUGAAGAUGGCAGCACCAUUUUCGAACUUCAAGCUCAACAAAUGGCGUUAGCAUCCCAGGCAUUUCAGAAAGUUUUCAUUCCUGGCUACAGAUUUCUACCCACGGAGACGAAUCUUAAGUCUAGGAAAUUAGAGAAAGGAAUCAAAAAGUCUCUACUGAGAGUUAUCGAUGCCAGGAGAGCAAAUUGGGAUAAAGAAAUGCUGGAAAAUGGCCCAAAAGAUUUGCUAGGCCUGAUGAUUCAGGCCAGCAUCAAAGAGGAGAAGGAAUCCUUGAUAACAGUCCAUGACAUUGCGGAGGAGUGCAAGAGCUUUUUCUUUGCCGGCGAGCAAACUACCUCCAACUUGCUGACGUGGACUACCAUUUUGCUGGCAAUGCAUCCACAGUGGCAGGUAAUGGCACGUGACGAGGUCCUCCAGGUGUGCGGUUCACAUGACGCACCCACCAAAGAUAACGUUUCCAAGCUUAAGAUGCUGGGAAUGAUUCUAAACGAGACUUUACGACUUUACCCUCCAGUGGUGGCAACCAUCCGAAGGCCAAAAGUAGAUGUGGAACUGGGGGGCUGUAAGGUUCCACGCGGGACUGAGCUAUUAAUACCAAUCUUAGCAGUUCAUCAUGACCAGGCAAUAUGGGGAAAUGACGCAAAUGAGUUCAACCCCGGUCGAUUCUCGGACGGGGUAGCCCGAGCUGCUAAACACCCUGUUGCAUUUAUGCCAUUUAGCAUUGGGGUCCGGACAUGUAUUGGUCAAAAUCUAGCAAUCCUACAAGCUAAAUUAACCCUUGCAACAAUCCUACAAAGAUUCACAUUUAGAUUAUCCCCACAAUAUCAACAUGCACCAACGGUGUUAAUGCUGCUUUAUCCUCAAUAUGGGGCACCAAUCAUCUUUCAACGCCUGUCACAUUCUCGGAUUACCCGUAAUUAAGAUUCGUAAGAAAUUUUGAUACAUAAUAGUGUGGGUGUAUCUAUGCUAGGCUUUCUAUUAAUUCUAAAUAUUAAUUGCAAUUUAGGGGAAAAGGUUAUACAUAAUUUUGUACAUGCCCAAUAUCAGGCAGGUAUAUCUGUGGUGAUUCUAGGAUUCUUGUUGGUAGAUUUGCAGUUAGCUACUUCAGUGUACUUAGCUUUAGAGCAUUUCCUGGAUGUAUGUAUUGUAUAUGUUCUCAAUGACUAGUUUUUCUUUUCCUGAA